GUCGUGGUUACAGCUGGUGUAAGGCCAUCAUUUGAACAUUUUGAAAAAUAUUCCGAAACAGUUCCGCGCUAUGUUUCGUCUACUGAACAGGAAGGCGAUAACCUUGUUGUUUUUGUGGAUGGAGUGAGCCAUCUUGAUGAUGAUUGGUGCUAUGUUGGUAUACUGCCUCAUCCAGAUAUUCUAGAGGCUGUGACUGACACGAUGGAUGAAAAUGAUAGGCUCACGAUAGAUUACUCUUUUCAAAUCAGAACAUUGGAAUGUCAUGUUUGGAACAUGAAGACCAUGAGUUGGGACAGCAGUGGUUGUUAUUCAGGGAAUGAGACGACGCUGAACCGACUGCACUGCCGCUGCACUCACUUCGGUGGGUUUUCUGGGACUGUUCUUAUACCUUCCAGCAACGUUGAUCCAGUUCUCGACAUAGACGUGUACCUUAUUUCUGCCUCCAAUAACGCUGUCAUACUUUUUUUCGUGUUGACAAUUUUAGUUGUCUACUUCCUCAUCCUCAUAUGGACAUAUGUGAAGGACAAACAGGAUAUUUUUAAGAACGAAGUGAUAAUUCUCGGAGACAACUGUCCUGGCGACAGCUACCCUUACUUAGUAGCAGUGUACACUGGGUACCAGAGAAAUGCUGGAACUUCUUCCGUUGUUGGUAUAAAGCUAGUGGGAGAUAAGGACAAAAGUAUGAAUCACAUUCUGGUGAGCGGCAGCAAGGCCAUCCACUCUCGAAGCUCUGACAACUUUUUCGUGCUCCUUGAAGCCCGGAGGUUAGGCUCCAUCUCUUACAUCAGCUUGUGGCACAACUGCUCUGGUCACCACGCAGCCUGGUACUGUGACAGGAUUGUGGUGACAGACUUACUGCAAAAUCAAGUAUGGACAUUUCUGGUGCGUCGCUGGUUGUCAGUGAUGCACGAGGGGUGCACCUUACGCUGUGUUUUGUUCCCAGCCACAGUGGAAGCGCUGUACGACUGGAAAGUGCUGUUUGCUGGUCAUCUCUACUUGGGCUUCCAGGAGCAGCAUGUGUGGACCAGCAUCUUCUUGAGACAUCGACGCAGCACAUACACCCGAACACAGCGCCUCUGUGUGGCUCUCAGCAUCACCAUGGCUACCAUAAUCACCAGCAUACUACUGUCCGGCAUUCCGGUAGAUGAUCCUGCUGAAGAGCUUGGUGAAAACAUCUUUCAACUUUUUGGAUGGCAGUUACUCUGUACUGUUGCGGGGGCUUUUCUUACAGCACCUGUCACUUUCCUGUUUGCUCUCCUGUUCAGAAAAACUGCUCCAAGUGACGAAUUAUUUUAUUGUACAAGAGUCGAAGGUUCCUCAACAGAUCCGCCACCUGAUGCAGAAGUGGAGCCGCAGAAGACAGAAGGAGAAAUGGGAAGAGAGAAGUGGUGGAGUUCUUUACUUACAUUUAUCAUGAUGGAGCCACUUAUUCCAAACCUACGCUUAGAGUCUCGAGACAGACUGAAAUCAAAAUCUCAAGAUGCAGACACUUCCCUUGGUGACAUGAAGCAUACAUCAGAGGAUAGAGGACGGAAACGAAAAAGGAAAUCAUUUUACUGGUUUCCUCCUUGGUUCAUCAUAGUGAUAUCGAUUCUCUGUGCUUUGAUUGUCUCAUUCUCCGCCACCUCCUCGGUGAUCUUCGGACUCAAGUUCAGUCUGAUGAGGAGCCAGAUGUGGGUUGCAGCUGUAUUAACAGCAUUUCUCCUUAGUGUCUUUGUGGUGCAGCCUCUCAAAGUCGUCAUCUUUGCCUUCAUCCUCUCACGGCUGCUGAAGAAGCAACCAAGCAUGUAUUCCCAACAACAAUAUACGGAUGGAUUUCGACCAUGGUACGCACAAAAGCUCAGUGAGAUACAGCAGCAGAACAUGCACCAACCUCCAGACAGUACAGUCAUCUUGUUGCAGCCAAAAACCCUCUCAAGUAUGGACCGGCCUCAGAUAGUCUGAAAUUAUAUGACAGGGCAGCCAAUAACAAUAUACAGGACUUCAAACCUGUGACGUCAUACCAAGGGAGUCAACAACAUAAGUGAGCCAGCGACACUGACGGCAAUGUGGAAGACCCUGCCGGUGUCGGAAGGAAUUAGGAGCCCGCCGACAACAUCACAGGCAGUUCUGAAAGACCAAUAACUUAGCCGAGUGGAACGGCACAACCACCAAAUCUCCAGCCCAGGCAGAAUCGAAGCAGAUGUGCACCAAUAGCACCAGCAGUGAUGUGGUCGUGCAGAGAGCCAUGCAGACAUCUGAAAUGCUACCGCACCUUGCCCACACCACCAAUGUGCUCUGCCAGCCCUGAGGUUUGUGACUAUGUUGGUCAACGAGACUUGUAUGUCCCUAUACUGCUUGCCCGAGGCAACCAUCUGGUCGACAAGCAUAUAAGCUUUCACAGCGAAAGAUCUGUAAUUAAGUCUUUAUGCUGUUUAUCACCAUUCCUGUAUUACUCUAAAUAUAUGUCCUCUGUCAUAAGAACUUUAGAGUACACAAAUGAAAGAAGUGAAUUUCUCCUUAAAAACAAAAGAUUGUCUUUUAAGGCAGUUACAUAUUAUGUCAAAUAAGGUAGUUUCAUUUAUGUAAAAUAAAACAUUUUAAAGUUUCUUA